AUGUCUGCCAAACUUAUUGAUGAUUUAACCCCUGCAACUCCUGGAUUUGGAUUAUAUAUUGGAGGAAAUUCUUCUCGUAAACGUAUUCAUGGCACUGGUUUUGAAGUAUCUUCAGGUGUCACCAAUUCAACGUAUGCAACUACUAUUUCUGAAAAUAACAAUCGUGUAGUCUAUAAUGAUGUUUAUUAUUGCGGUACAAUUGAAUUUACAACUACUCAAUGUGACUCUCCAUUUAUGGGGCUGCCAAAUCAAGCUGGACAAAUGUGGUGUCUAUUUAUAUCAAAUCCAUUUAAUAAUAGUCAAAAAGCAUAUGUAUCAUUCAGUCCUGAUGAAACUUCCACAAAUACAACCAACAUUGAUAUGAGCGCAA